AUGGGACGGGCUGAAACCAAGUGUCGGAGGAGAUGGAAGCCCAGUGCAGGAAUCUGCAAGGCAACUCUGACCCAACUGUGCGAUGCUGGGGAACAGGUUUAUAGAGGCGGCGGACGUAACCCUUUCUUCAGGUUUUUGACACACUUCCGGAGGUGCAACAGGGAAUGGCUGAGAGGUCUGCCAUCGAAUGAGGUGUCUGUCAUGGCAGGCACAGUGUGGAGGUGUAUGAGCCCGGCGGAGAAGGAACCCUAUGUGAUAGCAGCCCGCAAGUCCAGCUACGUGUACUGGACGCGAAGCCAAAGGAUAAAUUGGGUUCUGAAAAGACUACGAGAUGUGUGUGCCAAGGGUCUGAACCAAAGCCAGUCCAGUUGGGUGGUACUGAAGGCCAUAAUGUCCUGGCGACAGUGUGUACUACAAGACCUGUUCAAUUUUGAAGUCGAAUAAAAAUUCGUAGUAGUU